AUGAACAAUAAUUCAAAUAUUUCAAAUUCACAACAUAUUGUAUACAAUGAUAUGAGUAAUAAUGUAUCAUCAACACAAAAGAUUGAUAUAAAAGAGGUACAAAAAAUAAAUUUCAAUGAUAGUCAUGAGGUUUUAUUCAAAUUACAUUGGGAAGAAAAGUUUACAAUGUACUAUUCACUUUUUACAAUAAUAUUUAUAUUACUUUUCGUUUGGAUUGCAUUUACAUAUUCACAAUUUUCACAAGAAUAUUAUUAUUACAAAGUUUUUAAACAAUUAAAAAGAGGACAACCAAUUAAUAUAUAA